AUGCUGGAUUUGGAGCCUGUUGGCAGCAGCAUUGGGAUGGCUGUGGUCCAGCCACAGCCAGGAUCUUGCUGCCCUUCACUGCGGUCCUGGCACAGCAGGGAUCCCUCACCCUCUGCCCUCUCCACAGGUGGAAUCUGCUGGCUGCAACAGGGGAAGGAGGCCAAGUGUACCAUGAUCCUGAAGACAGGCGUGACGUGGGAGGAAUGCUGUGCCAACGGCAACGUGGAUGUGGCCUGGUCUAACUACACCUACCCAGGCAACAAGAUCAGCCUGCUGGGCUUCCUGGGGCUGGUGACCUGCCACCCCUGCAAAGAGAGCUGCGAGGGGGUGGUGUGUGGCCCCGACAAGGUGUGCAAGAUGAAACACGGCCGUCCCCAGUGUGCCUGUGCCCCCGACUGCUCCAGCCUGCCCCGCAAGCUGCAGGUCUGUGGCUCCGAUGGCUACACCUACCGGGACGAGUGUGACCUGCUGACGGCCAAGUGCAGAGACCACCCCGACCUCGAAGUGAUGUACCAGGGCAAAUGCAAAAAGUCCUGCUCCAGCGUGGUGUGCCCUGGCACCCACACCUGUGUGGUGGACCAGACAGGCAGCGCCCACUGCGUGAUGUGCCGGACGGCCCCCUGCCCUGAGCCCACCAGCCUGGACCACGCUCUCUGUGGCAACAACAACGUCACCUACCCCUCGGCGUGCCACCUGCGCCCGGAAAGGUCACUGUCCGGGAAAGGUGUCAGCAGCCAAGAAACCGGCUUGGAAUGGAAAGCGUGA